CAGACCUCUCAGCCAUGAAUCCUUCCACCAGCAGAGAGGAUGCAAGCCCACCAGCGUAAGCGGGCUACCAGGCUAUGCGAGUAACCUCGAGCACUACAUGCCCCAGUCAUCAUUAGCAGCUGCAGCAUCAUCUUCAUCAGCAGCAGGAGGAGGAGGAGGAGGAGGAGGUUUAUAUCUAAAUGCCUACGAGGUCUCCUUUCCCCUGGAGGAGAAUAUAGAACGACCUCCUCCCUAUCACCUGAACCAAGGCCAGCAGAUGAUGGAUGAGCCAGUGGUGCAGGAGCCUCCUCACUCUCAGUACAGCACCUUCAUCCUGAUCUCUAACCUGCGCGCUCACCUCUACGUCACUCUGGAGAAGAACGCCUGGCUGCAGAAGCGCAUCGAGGAGCUCGAGGAGGAACGCAACUUCCUGCGCUGCCAGCUGGACCGCUUCAUCGUCAGCAUGAGGAGUCCUGAGGAGUGGAGCGGGGAUGCCCAGCGUGGUGUGAAGAUCCAGCCUGCCAGCUCUCCUUCCCCUCCGUCCCCCAUGACCACCAGGUCCGGGAUGACCCUCAAACGCAUCCAGGGAUCAGGAUCUCGGAGCCGCCGCAACGCUGGUGAGGAAGAUGCUGACACACCUGUAACCAAGCAGGAGUUUCAUGUGGAAGAAGACAAAUACUACACCGAGGACGAGUAUGUGGAGGAAGAAGAAGAAGAGGAGGAAGAGGAGGAAGAUGUGGACUCUUCAGUAGAGAAGGGGAUUAGGAAGAAGGGCAGAGGGCGGGUCAGUGGAGAGCCAAGGAUGAAGAUGAGGAGGGUCUUCAGGAUCACACACGGGAGGGAACGACAGAGAGUUAAAGACCCAGACGGGGUUUUGAUCCGUUACAAGAAGAUCCUGUCCACCUACCAGCGGGUGAGGAGCAUGUCCAGAGCCUUCCAGAUCCACGGAGUCGACCGAAACACCAUGGCCUCCACCUCCCCCAUCGCUGAGCUGCUGCUGGUGGCUCCAGAGAAGGUGUCAGAAGUCGGAGAGUUUGAGGCGUCGAAGGAGAAGCUGUUGGAUUACGCCCGGAGGUGCUACAAGACGAUGGAUGACGAGACGCACGCCAAAGUCCAGACCAUGAAGAAGACUCACAAGCUGCUGCCCAUCUCCUACAGGUUCAGAAACUGAGAGCGGAGCGAGGCGGGCAGCAGGACCAGCUGGUGGGAGCUUUCUGCACUUUGUUCUCAUUUUUCUUAAAGUCAGAAUAUAUAAUAGGAUGUGAGAAGAUUAAAUGCCAAAUUACAGGGCAUAUUCUGAUUUAUUUAUUUAUUUAUUUUCAUUGAACUGCUUUAUUUAU